AUGUUGAGGCGAUUUGUGUUUCGUAGCAUGUCGUCCAUGUUCUCUAUCGAUUAUGCUGAAAAGGAACUUUGUAACAAAUACUACCUCCAGACGCAUAGGGCCACAAAACACGGUGUUCCGAUUCCUGGUUCUUCAACCGGUCUUUCUAACACCACAAGCAAGAACGUUUGCGUGAUGUCUUCAGGUCUUGCAAACGCUCAGCAACAACCUCAAACUUCAAUUCCUGCUCUGAAUUUCCCAGGACUGUCAUCAAGUUUUGUUGGGGCAGCAGCAGGACUGGCAUCUCAGGGCCCACAAUCAACAAUGGACAUGCAGCAGCUGAUGCUUGCAUCUCUUGACCCUAAUUUUGGUAACAAUCCACUUCGAGCUUAUUACCUCUCGCAGUUAGCAGCCUUAUCAAAUCAGGGAUUGCAAGGUUCAAGCGAACAAAAUUUGCCAUCGUCUUCCGCGUCGACGACAACUAGUUCAGCAGCAACCACUACUACUGUUGCAUCUGGCUCACCACAGAGCGAUUUAACAUCUCAAGCAUCAGCUGCCGAUACUCAAGCGGCGCUGAAUGGUAUCAGCUUAACCGGUUUAAGUGGGGGUAACACUAGCGACCCGUCACCUACUCCGGGUACGACUACAUCACAGGCUGGCGAAUCUGCUGCACCCUCUGCAGCUGCGUCCGGUGAUUUACCUAACUGGCUGAGCAGCUUCUUUCCCAAUAUAAACAGCGCUGCAUCAGCAUCAAAUGUAUUACAAGCAUCUGCCAAUUCGUUAACUACAGCAAGUUCUGGUUUACCGAACUUGUUUGAACAAAUGCAGCUCCUAAAUGCAGCUCAGAUGAUGUCUAGUGGACUUGGAGCAACUGGAAAUACUAUUUCUGGUCCGCCGCUGAACGCUUUGGCAGCAGCACUAAAUCAGCCUUCAGCAUCUGCAGGAGCUCCACCGCUAACUCCUAAUGGAACUGCAGCGCUGUUUGGUGGAAGCACAAAUUAUAAUAGCCCGUCCAAGGAAUCUUAUUGUGAUUUAUGUGACAAGACAUUCUGCAAUCGCUAUUUUCUGAAAACGCACAGGCAAAAAAAGCAUGGCAUUGUCAGCGAGGCCCAGUCACCAGUAAAAAGUUUUCCGUCAAGUCCAAGUGCUCUUUCAAGCCUCCCCCUUUCACAGUCUAUAUCUUCGUUAGGUGCAACACCGUCUACCUCAAGUGCGCUCAGUGCGAUGCCGUUUUCGGCAAAUCUCAAUGCACUGAUGGCUGCAUGUAGUGCGGCUUCAAGUGUUUCCGCUCCUUCAGCUGCUUCAAACAUAGCACAGUCGACUUCCGUGAUUGUUAGUAGCGCAGAUUCCGGUUCACCGCCAGAAAAGAUGCUGAAGCUUGAUACUCAGGAGAAUGACUGUGUGAACGAGCAGGCAGACGAGACAACAGAUGAUGGAGAUAAACCGUUACCGAAGGAACAAAGCUCAAACGGAACAGAUAGUUCUGUAAGCGACGAGUUCGGGUGUAAUUUGUGCAGCAGAUCUUUUUCUUCUUUAUUUGACUUAGUUACACACAAAACCCAGGACCAUCCACCUUUGGGAGCGAAUGCUGCUGCAAAUCAAGGGACAUCACAAAAUCAAAGCUCUCCAGUAAAGCCUAUUUCCCCUGCUGCUUCUGAUGGGAAAGUUGCCUGUGAACUAUGUGACAAGGAAUUUGAAUCAAGGCAGUAUUUGCAACAACAUAUUCUUCUUCAGCACUGCAAUAUGGGUGGUAGUGCAACAAUCCAAAACAGUCUUUUAUUGGGAAGUCUCCCACUUCAAUUUAUGCUCCCUCCCACUUUGCCACAAAAUUUCCAAGUACCUGACGUUAACCAGCCGAAUUUAUUAUCUGCAGGGAUGAACGGUCAGUUUAACCAGCCUAAGCAAGCUGUUAAACGGCAGUAUUCGUCUACGGAGAAGAACUAUUGUGACUUGUGCAAUAAGAAUCUGUGCAAUAAAUAUUUCUUACGUACACACAUGUUCAAGAUGCACAAAAUCGUUAUUGACGAAAAUAAAACGGUAAUCGCUAAUGUGGAUACUCUCGAGGAAGAGAAGAGCGGAGCAGUCUCUUUCCGAUGUGAUGUUUGCGGAGUUGAUGUGAAAACUAGACACGAACUUCGAUCUCACAAACAAGAUGCCCACGGAGUUGUUCCGAUUCAGACUCCUCCUGCAGCUGCAAACCGCACUCCAAAGCAUUCAACCAGUUCAACUCCUAGCCUCGUUUCUGUAAAUCAUCUUACAGGAAGUGCACAGUUUAUGGAGAAACUGAAUGCUGUAGAGAACAAAAAUGAGCAGUGUCCGUGGUGCGAAUAUAAAUUUAAGAAUCUGCCUCAGUUACAAGAACAUAUACAAGAGAAGCACACUUGUCAGAUGCCGCAGGAAGUUGUUGAAAGUUUUAGACGGACUUUGGCUGAAAGAAUGAACUUGCUUAUUGCUGGUCAACAGCCGGAAACGGCAGCUAGUUCUCAUAACUGCAAUUUCUGUCCUGAAACAUUUUCGGAUGAAUUCCAACUGCAAACCCACACUAUCAGCAAACAUGCCACAGAGAUUUGUGUGCAAGCAAACAGCGUUGCAGCGACUGUUGACGACAAAUCAGUUACCGAAAGUGAUCAGACUGAUAGCAGUGAUUUGUUGAAAUGUCCCCAGCAUCAGUGCAAUUUUCGUUCAGUGAAUGUUGGCAGUUUACAACUACAUCUUGAACGCCAUGGACCUCUUGACAGUGCUUUAAUGAAAAUGCGAGAUCAAGCUAGUGCCGCUCUAGCUUUCUUGCCUCAAAAAACUGUUGAAGAUUUGAGCGUCAAGUUGGAGGAGGAGGAAGAUGAAGCUAUGGAGGCUACUACAGCAGUUGCACUCCAGAUGGCAAAGGCAAAUGAAGAAAAACCGUAUCCUUGUCCACUAACUAGUUGUCAACGUCGAUACCAUGAUUUAUCUGCACUUGAGAAGCAUAUUGCGAAAGUGCAUCAAUGGCACUACAAAAUUUCUCCAAAAAAGCCAUCGAAUGGGAUCAUCGCUCGAAGCAAACUUGUGAAGCUAACUAAGCGUUACUCCUGCCAGUUUCCGAAAUGUCAAAUGCGUUUCUUGACACGGCAACUGUGUCGAGAACAUGUUUUAACUCAUUUUAAACAUUCUAUUCCUGGUGAUGAUGAUCAAUCAACCAAUCAUCCUCAAACGUCUGGAUUCGAUGAAGGUAUGGAUUCUUAUGUUCGUGAAGAAGAAGAACACUUGGUGAAAGACCUGCACGAACAGCUUGUUGAAGCGGAGACUCAGAAGGAACAUGAGCAGCAUAGUCAUACGAGUGGUUCGAUGAGUCCCACUUCGGAAAAUAUGCCUGAGGGCUUUGCUCGAUCGUUGGAAAAUGAAAGUGAGAAACCAUAUUUAAUGCAGAGCUUUAUUAUGCGAAAAUAUUCGACCGACGGUCAACCAGAGCUGCUCCAAGAAGUGCUACUUCACCUUCCAGUUCGAGCGCAGGUUGAUCAAAGGCUGAAAACAACAAUUGAAUUAAUUCCCACCUCUGGAGCUGAUGCGUCAUUAAAGCGUAUCUAA